AUUUGAAUUCUUGCCACGAAAAUAUGAUAACGUUUUUUGCUGGAUUCACGGUUAACAUUGGACAUGCUUCUAUCUUCAUAGUAGAGCUUUGGGGUAUGAGAAAAGGACUUCGCUUUGGGAUUAUCAGAGCGGUCGCUGAGAUGGAUUCUCUCAUUGCUGUUCGCUUUGUGAAUGAAGAAAGAGAACCAGAUAAUUUAGCUGCUUCUCUUCUGUCUGAUAUCAGGAACUUGAUUACUGAAUUGGAAUCUUGCAUACUGCAGCACACCUUGCGGGAGGGAAAUGCUGUGGUGGAUUUUCUAGCUGCUCUCGGACACUCUUCACCUCCAGGUUUAUGUAUCUUGGACUCACCGCCAAAUGGGCUUCGAUCCAUCCUUUUAGGGGAUAAGAUGGGGGUUACUUUCCUCCGGACCUGGUCAUUUUGUUUCUUUAGUGUUUUAGUCCUGCUGUACCAAAACACAAUGGCACUUCAACUAUCAAAUGCUCCACUCAAUCUUAUAGUAUAGUUAAGGAGCUUUAUGAGAUCUAAUUGCAAGUUAAUAAUGUAAUCAUACAAACUCAACUCUAAAAGGGAGUAAACGAGUUAAACCUUUAAGAUUGUCUCAAUUAUAAGUAGUUGAUACUUCAAAGCAAAAGGCCUAGGAGUCAAAGAAAUUUGAAAAUUAUGUGUACUACUCUUGUAAUAUCAUAGUACUCACAUGUAAAUGAAUUAAAUUACUGAAA